GCCUACGAGGACGGAGUCCGGAAGUGCAGUCGCGCUGCUCGGGCCUGGGCUGGGGUCGCAGGCGUCGCCGGGGCGGCUAGGCCGGCAUGGCGGCGCUGCGGAGGCACGUGUUUGUUGGAAAAGUGCUGAAGAAACUGUAUCCUGAGGUUCCACGUGGCCAAGAGAAGAGGGCCCCAGUGGGUCCAGCCUGCAGAAACCCACCUGAGAAAGUGGCUCCUGAGAGAGCGAGGGGCAGGAGCGUCCCCCCCGUGACAGGUGGUGACACUCGAGUCCAGCCUGCGCGACGGCUCUACACCGUGGGCCUGCCUCCUGAGGGGUGGGUCCCUCCUCCGCCCGAGGCCCCCAGCUGCUCAAGUCCCGAGAGCACCUCCAGCAGCGAAGACACAGGAGAUCAGGAUCUUCAGGCUCAACCAAAGAGAAGAAUUAGAAAGCAUAAUUCAAAGAAAAAAUUUAAAAAUCCCAAUAACAUUCCUGUAGAACAAGCAGAAUUAGAGAAACAGCAGAGUAUUUUGCAAGAAAAAUUGCAGCCACGGCACACAGAUGGCCCCACAAUAAGCAAAAAUAAAAAAAGGAAACUGAAAAAGAAACAGCAAAUUAAAAGGAAGAAAGCAGCUGGCGUACUAACAGGCGUCUCUGGCGUCAACUUCAUGUACCAGCCUGAGGAGACCAGCAGUGAGCAGGACGACGUGAGAGUGAGUGAUGGAGAGGACGUUGCAGACGGGGAGGGAGGGGUCCUGGAUGCCGAGGAGGAAGGAGCCACGGACGCCGGGAAGGAAGACAUUAAAAGUACCAAUGAAAAGGCAGAUGGUAUCCUGAACUUUUUGAAGUCAACACAAGAAAUUUAUUUUUAUGAUGGUGUCUCCAAGGAUUCGGACUCGGCUGUCUUCAUGGAGACCAGUGGAGAGCUAUUUAAAUAUCUUGAAACUCACAGCAUGCCCUCCUCAGAUGUGUUCAUUCUGGAUCACAUGAAAACGCUGUUACUUUUGCAAGAUACUGAAAGAUUGAAGAGUGCCCUGGAAGUGUUCCCAGAACAUUGCAGGAUGCCACCCGACUAUGCCCGAGUAAUCUCAGCUUUCUUUAAUUACUGGAUCACACAUAUCCUUCCUGAGAAAAACAAUGAAUAAAAUCAGUACAUCUAUUUAAGAAGAGCUAAUAUUUGACAAGAAAAUAGGAAAGACAGAUAUGAAAUGGGCUGAGACUUAAUUCCUAUACACAGAGAAGAUGGAAUUCUCUAAGUUUUCUUUGUAACCCAAACCCUGGGAACUUUGAGGACAUUUCUAUUCAUCUGUUUGUACAUAAUAGGUAGAUGUAAUCUGAGACUUUAAGUGAGAAAUUGGGAUAAAGUUGAAAAUUCCUUUGAAAUUCUGUGUGUCUUAAAUUAAAAAAUGGACAUUCUGUUAAGUUGAAUAAACUGUAUAGUUUGAA